AUGGAAAAAUUAUGGUUCAUAAACGAUGAACUGUCCAGGCUCAAAGUAGACAUUGCCGCCCUUCAGGAAACUCGUUUAGCUAACUCUGGUUCAAUCAAAGAAAAAGACUACUCCUUCUUCUGGCAAGGCAAAGCCGAAAGUGAAGUAAGGGAACAUGGCGUUGGUUUUGCAGUUAAGAACACACUGCUGAACACAGUAGAGCUGAAGAGCAACGGUUCAGAAAGACUCAUAUCACUACGCCUUAACACAUCUAUUGGACAUGUGACUUUGAUAUGUGCCUACGCUCCUACUCUGAGUUCCACACCAGAGGCCAAAGAUAUGUUUUAUGACAACCUUUCGUCUGCUCUUAGCGAGAUCUCAACUACGGAACAGGUUAUCAUCCUCGGCGACCUCAAUGCACGCGUUGGAUCUGACAACUCUGCAUGGGACAGCUGUAUUUGGCGUUUUGGUGUCGGAAAAGUAAAUGAAAAUGGACAAAGGCUCCUCGAGUUUUGCUCACUAGACUCCCUCUGCGUCACUAAUACCUAUUUCAAGACUAAACCGCGGCACAGAUUAUCUUGGCGGCACCCUCGCUCCAAACACUGGCACCAACUAGACCUAAUCAUGGUAAGACAAAAGUGCUUAAAAUUUGUCAAGCUUACCAGGCCCUAUCACAGUGCAGACUGCGACACAGAUCACUCCUUGCAACAGAAAAAUGGGAACACCUCAAGUCCACCAUACAAAAUACUUCCCUGGAAAUCUUUGGAAGAAAAAUUACAAAACGAAAUGAUUGGUUUGACUCUAAAUCAGCUAUUUUAG